AUGAAAAAUAAUUAUUUUCUUUGUGGAGUUAUUGAAGGUUAUUAUGGUCGUCCAUGGUCAUUUAAUCAACGAAUAUCACUUUUUGAAUAUUGUUUAAGAUUUGGUUUAAAUACAUAUGUAUAUGCACCAAAAGAUGAUGCAAAACAUCGAUCUCAUUGGAGAGAUUUAUAUAGUGAUGAAGAAUCAAAUGAAUUAUCUCAAUUAAUUAAUGCAGCUAAACAAAUUGGAAUUAAUUUAAUAUAUGCAUUAUCACCUGGUAUUGAUAUAACAUAUUCAUCUGAUAAAGAUUUACAAUCACUUAAACAAAAAUUUCAACAAUUAUCUAGUAUUGGAUGUGAAAAUUGGGCAUUAUUAUUUGAUGAUAUUGAAAGUGAUAUGUCUGAAGAAGAUAAAAAAUUAUAUCCAUCAUUUGCUCAUGCUCAUGUUGAUAUAACAAAUAAAUUAUAUUAUUAUCUUAAUAAACCAAAUAUAUUUAUUUUUUGUCCAACAGUUUAUUGUAGUCGAAUGGCAAAACCAUCUAUUGAUAAAUCUUCCUAUUUAAAAACAAUUGGUGAUGGUCUACAUAAUGAUAUUGACAUUUUUUGGACGGGUCGAAAAGUGGUAUCUCAAGAUAUAACAGUAUCUCAUUUAUUAUCAAUAAAUAAUAUAUUAAAACGUCGUGUUAUUAUUUGGGAUAAUUUAAAUGCAAAUGAUUAUGAUCAACGUCGUUUAUGUAUGGGACCAUAUACAGGUCGUUCAUUAAAUAUUUCAAAUGAAAUCAAUGGAAUAUUGUUAAAUCCAAAUUGUGAAUUUGAAUUAAAUUUUAUUCCGUUAAAUACUCUUGGACAAUGGUUUAAAUUAAUAAAUAUAAAUGAAAAAGAUAAUAAUUAUAAUAAUAAGGAUUUUAUUAAAACAUCUUCAAUAUAUGAAGUUAAUAAAGCAUUUGAAAAAUCUUUAAUUGAUUGGUUACCUGAAUUUAAUAAAAUUAAAUCAGCUAAUGAUUCACAACAAAUUCUUAAAAUUGAUAAUUAUCGUGAAGGAAUGAGUCCAAAAUGUUUAAUAUCAUCAUUAACAAGUGAAGAAAAUGUCGAAGAAUCAUUAAAUGAAAAUGUAAUAAGUUGUUCAUCAUCAAGAUUAUCAAAAAGUGAUAUAAUGGAAUGUGAUCAUAAUAAAAAUAAUAUUUAUUUAACAAUAGAUGAUAUUCGUUUACUUGUUGAAUUAUUUUAUUUACCUUAUCAACAUGGACCAAAUAUUCAACAAGUAUUUAUGGAUUUCUAUUGGCUUAGAUUUAAUUAUAAUCAAUAUAAAAAUUUAGAUAAUUGGCGUCGUCGUGCAUCAGUAUUUAAUGAUAAUGUUAAAGAUAUAUCUUGUUUACGUAAAAAAUUAAUAUCAAUUGAUAAUCGUGCUUUACUUUAUGAUAUUUAUAAUUAUAUUAAUGAUAUUAAUUCAACAUUUAUUCUUUGUUCAAAAUAUCUUAAUUGGAUUGAUGACAAUCAAAAAAAUUCAUCAGUAUUUAUGUCAGGUGAUGAAGAACCAUGGUCAAAACGAGGUGGUCUUGCUGGAGAUUUUCUUGAUUUACUUCCAAUAGGUGAAUUUCAAUCUUUAAUUAAACCAGGAUUAAAUUCAUUAUCAAAUAUAUUUAUUAUUCGACCAAUGACUUUAAAUGAUCAUACAUCUAUUUAUAGAUUGUGUACAACUAUUUCUUAUCAAUAUGAUAUUAAUCAUAUUAUCAAUCAACAUUCACAAAUUUUAGCUGACAAAAUAAUCGGUGGAUAUUUGUCAAAUUCAUUAAAUAAUGUUAAUCUUAGUUAUGUUAUUGAUAAUAAUGAAGAUAAUUUAUGUGGAUUUUUAUUAACAAUAAAUGAAAGUGAAAAAUAUGAUAAAUUAAUUCAAACAAAAUGGAUUGAACAACUUAAAAAUAAAUAUCCAGAUGUUGAUCAAAAUUUUUUUCAAUUAAUCGAAUGUCCACAAUGGAUUUAUGAUAAAUAUUCUGUUCGUAUACAAAUAUUUAUUGAUUUAACAAUAAAAACAGAUGAAAUCUAUCAUAUUGGAUGUAAAUUAAUGAAAAUUCUUAUUGAAAAUCUUUCUCAACAAGGUUAUAAUGGAUGUCAUGUUUUGUUAGAUGAAACAAAUAUUUGUUUACAUAAAUAUUAUUUAUAUCUUGGAUUUACUGAUAUACCAAAUAUUGAUCAAAAUGACCAUUUUAUUCUGCUUGCUAAAAAAUUUUAA